GUGGCCGUGGACGCGGCGCUCCUGGAAGGCGUGCUGAUGCGGACCGAGGGGGAACCCAACGCGUCGGAUGUGGUGAAUUAUGCUCCCUUCACGCUGCUCCCAUCUGCAGUACCAAGUGUCCUGUUUGAACAAGCGUAUGCUGUUCAGCAAGAUUUUAACCUGCUGGUGGAUGCUAUUAGUCAAAACAAAGAAUUCCUGGAGCAUACUCUGGCCAGCACCAUCAAGGUAGAUGACUUCACAGCUCGACUCUUCAGAAUCCAUAUGCAAGUUUUGGAGGAAGGCUUGGCUCAGUCUGUGUUUUUAGGCAUAAACCGCUCUGAUUACAUGUUUGACUGUGGGGUGGAUGGGGCACCGGCUCUGAAGCAGAUAGAAAUAAACACCAUUGCUGCCAGCUUCGGAGGCCUCACCUCCCGCACUGUGGCAGUCCACGGGCGGGUGUUGAAAGUGUUGGGAAAGUCUAAGGAGGCAUCGUGCCUGCUGCCCAACAACCCAUCAAAAGGACUUGCCUUGGGUAUUACAAAAGCCUGGGAGCUCUAUGGCUCUCAAAGUGCUGUGGUGAUGUUUCUCGUGGAGGAAGUCCAGAGGAACAUUUUUGAUCAGCGAUGUAUAGAAAAUGAGCUUUGGAACAGGAAUAUUCGGGUCAUCAGGAAGCGAUUCAGAGAUGUAUUUGAAAAGGGGUCUCUGGAUGAUGCCAAGAGGCUGUAUAUGGACGGCCAGGAGGUAGCAGUGGUGUACUACAGAGAGGGCUACGUGCCAGGGAACUACAACCAGCAGAACUGGGAGGCACGGCUGUUGCUGGAGAGAUCAAGGGCAGUGAAGUGCCCUGACAUUGCUACCCAACUCGCAGGCACCAAGAAGGUCCAGCAGGAGCUGAGCCGGCCAGGGACGCUGGAGACAUUGCUGCCUGGCCACACUGAGGCUGUUGCUCGGAUCAGAGCAACGUUUGCUGGACUCUAUUCCCUGGACAUGGGUGAAGAGGGUGACAAGAUAGCUGCUAAGGCUAUCGCUGACCCCGAACGGUUUGUGCUGAAGCCACAGCGAGAAGGUGGAGGGAACAAUCUCUAUGGUGAAGAGCUUAAGCAGGUUCUGGAGAAGAUCAGAGACAGCCCUGAGAGAACCUCCUACAUCUUGAUGGAUAAGAUCAAACCACAGCCAGCUAUGAAUUACUUGCUGAGGGCUCACAGUCCCCUACAAGUGUCUGAGUGCAUCUCGGAGCUCGGUAUUUUUGGUGUCUACGUCAGACAGGGCAAGGAGAUGGUGAUGAACAAGGCUGCUGGCCACCUCCUGCGGACGAAGGCGAUCGAGCACGCAGAUGGCGGGGUAGCGGCCGGGGUGGCAGUGCUGGACACCCCUUACUUAGUGUGA